GCCGGAAGCGGCGCUCCGUCAGGGCGCGGGGGGGGGGGCGGAGACGCAGCCGCGACCGUUGCCGCCGCGGGUGCGCGCGCGCGCGCGCGAGAGGCGCCACAGGACCCUCCUCCUGACACAGGCCGGCGCGCGCACCCCCGGUCCGGCUCGCGCCGCCGCCGCUCCUCCGCGCGCCCUCUCCCUCCCUUCCCCCCCACCCGUCCCCCCCCUGCCCGCCAUGGCCGUGGCUCUGCGGCGGCUCUUCAUCGCCGCGGCGCUGGCGGCGGCCGCGUCCCCCCCGGCCUCCGCCUUCUACCUGCCGGGCUUGGCGCCCGUCAACUUCUGCGAGGAGGGCAAGGAGAAGCCCGAGUGCAAGUCUGGAAUCGAACUGUUUGUGAACAGACUGGACUCUGUAGAGUCUGUCCUACCCUACGAAUAUACCGCGUUUGAUUUUUGUCAAGCAGAAGGAAAGAAACGUCCAUCUGAAAACCUUGGCCAAGUAUUAUUUGGAGAGAGGAUAGAACCGUCUCCUUACAAGUUCACAUUCAACAAGAAAGAGACGUGUAAACCUGUUUGUACAAAAACAUAUGAUACCACAAAGCCAGAAGAUAAACAGAAACUAGAUUUUUUGAAAAAAAGUAUGCUACUGAAUUAUCAACAUCAUUGGAUUGUGGACAACAUGCCCGUGACCUGGUGCUAUGAUGUUGAAGAUGGCCAGAGGUUCUGCAAUCCUGGGUUUCCUAUUGGCUGUUACAUGACAGAAGAUGGCCGUCCAAAAGAUGCUUGUGUUAUUAAUUCAGAAUUUCACGAAAAAGAUACUUUUUAUAUCUUCAACCAUGUUGACAUAAAAAUAUAUUACCAUGUUGUGGAAAAUGAAGCUCUGGGAGCAAGACUAGUUGCUGCUAAACUUGAACCAAAAAGUUACAAGCAUACUCAUCCAGACAACCCUGAUUGCUCAGGAGCACCUAUGGAUAUAAGUAACAAAGCUAACGGAGAAGUCAAAAUUGCUUACACAUACUCAGUUUCUUUUAAAGAAGAAAAAACUAUAAGAUGGGCAUCAAGAUGGGAUUACAUUUUGGAGUCCAUGCCUCACACUCACAUUCAAUGGUUUAGUAUUAUGAAUUCCUUGGUGAUUGUCCUUUUUCUAUCUGGAAUGGUAGCUAUGAUCAUGUUGAGGACACUGCAUAAAGACAUUGCAAGAUAUAAUCAGAUGGAUUCCACUGAAGAUGCUCAAGAAGAAUUUGGCUGGAAACUGGUUCAUGGUGAUAUUUUUAGGCCUCCAAGAAAAGGAAUGCUUUUGUCCGUUUUUCUAGGCUCUGGCACACAAAUCUUAAUAAUGACUUUUGUUACCCUGUUUUUUGCUUGCCUGGGGUUUUUGUCACCUGCUAACCGUGGAGCUCUAAUGACCUGUGCUGUAGUUUUGUGGGUACUGCUUGGAACUCCAGCCGGUUAUGUUGCUGCCAGAUUCUACAAAUCAUUUGGAGGAGAGAAAUGGAAAACAAAUGUCCUACUGACAUCAUUCCUUUGUCCUGGAAUUGUAUUUGCAGACUUUUUUAUCAUGAACCUCAUUCUCUGGGGAGAAGGCUCUUCAGCAGCUAUUCCGUUUGGUACCUUGGUUGCUAUUCUGGCACUCUGGUUUUGCAUAUCUGUGCCGCUGACGUUUAUUGGUGCCUAUUUUGGUUUUAAGAAAAAUGCCAUUGAACAUCCUGUUCGCACCAAUCAAAUUCCUCGUCAGAUUCCCGAGCAAUCAUUCUACACAAAGCCCUUACCUGGCAUUAUCAUGGGAGGGAUUCUGCCUUUUGGAUGUAUCUUUAUACAGUUGUUCUUUAUUCUCAACAGUAUUUGGUCUCACCAGAUGUAUUACAUGUUUGGCUUCCUGUUUCUGGUAUUCAUUAUUUUGGUUAUUACAUGUUCUGAGGCCACAAUAUUGCUCUGUUACUUCCAUCUAUGUGCAGAGGACUAUCACUGGCAGUGGCGUUCAUUUCUCACUAGUGGUUUCACUGCAGUUUAUUUCUUAAUAUAUGCAAUACAUUAUUUCUUCUCUAAACUGCAAAUCACAGGAACAGCUAGCACCAUUUUAUACUUCGGUUAUACAAUGAUAAUGGUUUUGAUCUUCUUCCUUUUCACAGGAACAAUUGGAUUCUUUGCAUGCUUUUGGUUUGUAACCAAAAUAUACAGCGUGGUGAAAGUUGACUGAAGAAACUGGUGUAGAGAAUUAACACAGAAGAGAUUUAAUCUUCAUUAAUGUAACUUAAAGACCUGGUCUAGCUGAUGAACUUGAGCUUUAUCAGAAGUAUUGGCCUCCUAUUCUUUGAGAAUGAUACUGAAUCUUCAGCUGCCCCAAACACUUUUUCCACUAACACGUUUGUAUUGUGACUUAACAACCUGUUUCCAUUCAGAUCUUGAAGAUAGGAUAUUUAUGCAUUUGUAAAUACAACUAUACUUUAAAAGAGAUGUUACAAUUCUAAUGGCGGAGUAGAAGUGGCUGUAUUACACAACUUAGUGAUACUUCUGAUUAAAGUCCAACUGUAAAUAGGUUUUUCUAGCUUGGUAGGCGGGAUGAAUUAUUUUUCUUUGAGGGAAAUGAGAACUUUUUAUUACACUAACUUGGAAGGAUGACUCUUAAGGAGUGUUGCUUUUAGUUUGGAUGUGAUUUUAAUUUUUUACUGGUGUUACGUCCAUAAAUAUUCCGAUUUCUGUGACUUCAUUAGUGUCGGUGUUCUUGGCCUUUUAAACUUAUGUGCCUCUGAGUCCUUGAAUUUAUAAAUUCAUAAUCUAAUAAAUAUUGUAAAAACGUCUUCAGUGGCUUAUUACAUAGUACGAGUUCCUAAAAAUAUGUCAGUGCAAUUACAUUGAAGGCGGAUGCUUAAGGACUGAAUAGAUUGGUUGAUGGCCUUUUCUAUGGUUUAAUGUAUAUGGGCACACCCUUAGAUCCACAAGGAAUGUGACUUGUGCUGCAUGGCUCUAACACUGGUAAGUGAUUGUGGUGCAGGAGAAUGAAAUGAUCCACACCUUAAACAAAAGCAUUCUGCAGCAUUAAGCCAGUCCUUAACCCGGGGGUGCUUUCAGAAAUUGCCGCGAGAUUGUCGGUAUGUUGAGAAGAUCUUGGAAAGCAUGAGUCCGCACUCUGUUCAUCUUGCUUGUCCAAGACCUCGAUGAUGCAUAUUCUCUGUGGCAGCUGUUGCUGAUUGUACUUAAUGUAGGUUAAAAAAGAAGAGAAUCACUAUUUUUUGCCAUUGAUUAAGAGGCUACUGUUGAUUUUUGGAUGACUUACAUUAAACCUAUAUUUGCUUUUUUUCUUUAAAUGGAGCUUUUGGUUCAAAUCUUGUUUGGUCAUUUUAGACUGGGAACACAAUUUGGCUUUUGGCAUGUUUUCACAAGCCUGAUAAAAUUUCCUUGAAAAUUAAACUUCAUGUAUCAAUUGCCAUUCAAAAGAUUGGGGUUGUUUUUUUUGUUCUUACUGGUUUACUUUUCUAAAAGACCUUAACCUAGUGAUGCUUGAAUAUUGAACCCAAUAAAAAUAUCUUUGGUUAA